GUUGUUAGUGAUGGAGAGACAGGAGUCGGUGGUGUGAGGUUGGAGUGGAAACGUCCCGGAACCAGCAUGGAGACCGUGGAACAACUCGUGACCUUUAAUCACAUCCACGUCGAGCUGAGCGGAGGCGCUCCGUGGGGCUUCACACUGAAAGGGGGGCUGGAGCACGGAGAGCCGCUCAUCAUCACAAAAAUAGAAGAAGGAGGGAAGGCAGCUGAGUGUAAGAAGCUGAGGGUGGGAGACGAACUGGUCAACAUCAACGGCUCUGCACUCUACGGCUCCCGCCAAGAAGCUCUGAUCCUCAUCAAAGGCUCCUACAGGAUCCUCAAGAUCAUUGUCCGCAGACGCACUGUACCGCUGAUUCAUCCUCACUCCUGGCACCUGGUGAAGGUAUCAGAAGCACCCUCCGUGCCUGGUCCAGCAGGCAGUUCAGACGGCCCACUGGCCAUGCAGCUCCACCCCACACCCUUCAGUGUACCGUGGCACUCUGGGGGUGACUGUGAGCUGUCCAUGCCAUUGGGCCACCUCUCCCGGCAUUACAGCACAGACCGCAGCAGCUCUGUGGGGAGUAUGGAGAGUCUGGAAAACCCUCCAAAUCAGGGUUACUACGACAGUCAGCUCUCUCCCAUUGACCCUGCUAUCUUUAAUAAUAAACGCGACUCGGCUUAUAGCUCUUUCUCUGCAAGCUCAAAUACAUCCGACUACACGGUAUCUCUGCGCCCUGAGGAAAACAGCUCUAUGGACAGUCUGCUGCAGGGCUUUGGCCCCUCCUGCAGGUUUACAGAGGGACAUCCACAUUCUGUGGCUAGUGGCCCAGGAGAACUGCACUGCGAGGAGGGGAUUCUCAAAUCUAGGUCUCUGCCUCAUAGGCCUGGAACUAAAGUACGUCCAUCAUCCUAUAGCUAUGAAGAAGACAAGUCUGGACCUCCACAGCCUCCCAUGAGAAAGGAUAGUUUUAGGGCUACUAGAGGCCUGCCAGAGGUGUUGAAUAAACGUUGCGUCUCUGCUCCUGUUGGUGUUUCAAGUUUGACUUGCUGCACUAUUGAAGACCCUCCUCACAUCAGCAAGGCAUUGAAUGGGAGCGUGUGUUUGAAUGGUCAAGAAAAUGACCAAGACUUGAAGGGAAACAAAGCAGAACCUUAUUACACCAUAAAUUCUCAAAAAGAAUCGUUUAUCAAUAACCAAGUCAGCUCAACAGAGGGACGCCAAAAGAACAGCCACUUCCAGCCCUUAGAGAAGUAUUCAACCAGGCCCAGUCCUCCAACAGCAGAGAGUCUUGAUAGUCAACUCAAUCAUUUGGGUAACAAUCACCAGCCUAGGAUGCACAGACAUAGUGCUCCUGAAAAGUUACUCGUCUCUCAGUUACACAUGAUCGAGCUCUCCAGUGACAAUAGUGCACAUUCCAUGUCCCCUUCUAGCCUGUGGUCUAAACCUCUGCACCCCAGAGAGGAACUAAGUGAAGACGGUCCAGCUGUAGCUCAGGGUAAAUGGGGAGGAAGCAGGUGCUCCACACCAGGGUCACUGACUACUUCAGAGCUAGAGGAAUCUCCACACAGGGAGGAGGGAGAACCGUUUGAUUCAGGCCAAAGACUUGCUCCUGUUCAGCAUACUUGGGAAAGAUCUGUCAGUGUUCCAGGUGAACCUAUGGGAAAUGGAUUUCCUAGGUCUGGACCCUGCAUAGACUCUCAACUUCAGGAGAGAGGUUUUGAGGCCAUUAGUGCUGCAUCCAGCAUGGACACACUACUUGAGAACCAGGAACAAGGAGAAGGCAAGGGAGAUGAUGCUAAAAUUUCAAAGCCUCCUCAAAAGCGUCAAUUUCGUUCAUCUAAGUCUCGCCGUCGAAGUGAACGUUUUGCCACAAAUCUUCGCAAUGAGAUCCAGAUUAAGAAGGCUCAGCUACAAAAGAGCAAAGGCUCAAGUGAUCUGCUAUGUGAUGACGAGACUUUAGAGGAAGAGGACAUGGAAGAAAAAUCCCCAUCCAAGUUGCCAUCCAUCCAUCAACACAAGCCCCAAACACAGACUAGUCAACACAACAGCGUCAAGAAUUUUGCUCCAUCUCAGGCCAGAACAGUUGCCUCAAACUCAACAUUUCCCAGCAGAUGCUGUGGAACAAAUUCUGUAGAGCAUUCAGGGAGCAGGAAUGAAGAUACCCAUUUUUCACAGGGUGGAAUCCAGGCAGCUGAGGUAAACAGACCUGUAUGCGUGCGUGUGGUCGAAGAGUUGGCACCACCAGGUAAAGCCAGACGCUGGCGCUGGACACCUGAGCACAAACUACAACCUGAAAUAAAACUGCCUGAAACAAAGAAGAAUGGUGAAGGAACAGCACCUUCUUGGAACCUUGGAACAGCAAGGGGAAGAGCGAGUUCUUCAGGUGGGCGCUCUACCCGAGCCGAUGAUUGUGAAAUCCCACCUUUUGCAGACCGCAGGAAGUUCUUUGAGGAGACUAGCAGAAACCUGAGCCAGUCUGUGACCAACCUGGCAGGCCUUACAAGCCACCGUCAGAGGCCAGAGAAGCACGGGAGAAAGAAAGAUCCAAUUUCUGAACCCCUUGAAUCAGUCCCUGAUCUUGGACGCAGGAGAUUCUCUUACCAGGGUGGAAUUAAUGAUGAAACCUCAGUCAGUUCGUUUGACACUAGAAAGAGAGUGCAGCAAGAGAGAGAAAAUACACUGGCGAGAGAAUGGGAGAAAGAGAGGGAGAAUGAAAAACGGAGGGAAAAUGAACGGGAACAAGAGAUGCGUAAAGAACAGGCGAGACUACAGGCAUGGGAAAAGGAGCAGGAGAGGGAGAGAGAAAGAGUAGGAAAGGAAACUGAAAGAGAACGACAAAGAAUGCAACAGAUGGAGAGAGACUGGGAACCCAGUAAAGAUCACUUUUAUGCAGGACAUGACCUCAACAGUACUGCAGUGCUACCACCUUUGCCUUAUGAUAGCCUCAAACAACCACUUGCAGCCCAGAUUCUAACCCUGCUUAAUUCACACACUGAUCAUUUGCAUAACAAAGCCAAACCUGACCUCCAUAAGCCGUGCUCAGCCUUCCGACCUGUAACUAGCCAGCAAUAUCAAUCUGAUCACUACUGUCUGCACCCUGGAUACAAGGCCAGGAGCUGCACUCCAACAGAGACUUUUCCUGUCCAUGAGUCGGAACAAACAAAACUAAGGAGGAAGUUUAGCCUGACUGAAAGGGACUAUGCUCAGUGUAGACGAGAUUCAAAACCAGGAGAGGUUACUGUGGGUCGGCGAUUUCAGUGUCAGUGGAACAACAGACUACACGAUUGCAACAGUGAGAACCAACCCAUCAUGUCAACUCUUACAAACCGCACCAUGUCUGAAAAUGACAUCCGCUUGGAGAACAAGUGUCUUCGUAGCCAUGAUGCAACGACUACCGAUAAUAGCAGAAUGUCUUCGUCCGUUAUCAGGGAACUGGAUGAGAAUGUUGUAUCGGUAGUUGAGCCAAAAAAGAAAGGGCCUCCUCCUCCUCGGCCACCCCCCCCAAAAUGGGAGCAGUUCCAUAAGAGAAGGGCAUCUCACCACAAUCUCUUCUCUUCCCAACCUGCCUCUUCUUCCCAGCUCCAAACGCAAACAUCCUGUGCAUCUACUGACUUGGAAAUGACUCGUCAGCGGUCCUACAGCCUUCCACCAAGGGAUGAUGGAGAAAGUCACCAAACUCCUCUAAACCCUGCCUUAAAUAACCGAGCUUUCAAACCUGUGGCCCUGCCUCCAAAAGAACGAGACACUACCAGAAUUCAGCACUACAAUAUAAACAGUUCAGAAGACACCCCAACGUCGUCGAAUGAGCCGAGCCAAAGACUUUCUGAGCGAAGCUUGGCCCAGCCUUCAGAUCAGUACCGACCAGCUGUGCUGAAACCAGUCAUGUAUAAGCAUAGAGCGGAGUGGGACUUGACUUCUCCUCACAACUACACAGCAAGCAAUAAUGUUAGCAAGUCACCAGUGCCUACUUUGGAGAAUGGGUCUUGCACUGGACCCGUCUAUCCUGAAUCCUACUUCACAAUGAACUACAACCACCAGCAGCAUUUACAGAAUGAGCCUCAGCAAAUAUGCAUGCCUGGCACCGCCAUCAAGACUCUGGAGCUUUCUACCCAAAGUCUGCCUCCCAGUGAAGAUCAAGCCUUGCCCUAUGAGACUGACAUAGAUGAGUUCCGUGAGAAUGAGGGAACAGCAAUGGAGCAGCAAAGGCAAGCAGAAGACAGGACAGAGAUGCAGUGUUUUGCUCAUCCAGUGACGGUGCUGGAAACCGACAUCGACACUGUGACUGAUGAAGAGGGUUCAUCCUUGGGGAUGAGGAGAGGGCAAAGGGCAUCCAUCGUGGACUCUUUAUUGGAAGAGGAUUGUGGCAGAGCUGGAAAGGAGCUUAUGGGAGAACUGUUCCCUCACUAUCCAGGGAGUGGAGCAGAAGGCUGGAGAGGAGGCAAUAUAAUGAGUGGAGACAUGGUAGAGAGGUCUUCUAGACAGAGCCCCUUAGUACCACAGGGCUCAACUUCUACCAGCUACAGGGCACCCACCAACAAAGCUCAACUCCUUAAUAAGAUGCCAAACUUCUCAGAGAUUAAGGAGGAGGAUGAAGAGCUUAAUUACAAGAGGCAGCUGAUGGAAAGCUUGCGUAAGAAGCUGGGCGUGUUGCGGGAAGCCCAGAGAGGUUUGCAGGAAGACAUCAGAGCCAACACUCAGCUCGGUGAGGAGGUGGAAAGCCUGGUGCUGGCCGUCUGCAAGCCAAACGAGGUCGACAAGUUCCGUAUGUUUAUUGGAGACCUGGACAAAGUGACUAGUCUGCUGUUAUCACUCUCUGGCAGGCUGCUCAGAGUGGAGAGUGCUCUGGAAUGCCUGGACCCAGAAUCGGGACAUCGUGAGAGGCUCCCCCUGUUGGACAAGAAGAAACAGCUCCUUGCGCAGCUGGCUGAGGCUCAGGAGCUGAAGGAGCAUGUGGACCGGCGGGAGGAGGCUGUGGGCAGGGUGCUGGGUCGCUGCCUGACUCCAGAACAACUGCGUGAUUACAGCCAUUUUGUAAAGAUGAAGGCAGCACUGCUGGUAGAACAGCGGCAGCUGGAUGAUAAAAUCCGGCUCGGGGAAGAACAACUCCGAGGCCUGAAGGAGAGCCUCGGCCUGGGAUUUGGCCCUUACUGAAACUGGAAGUAAAGUACAGGAAGUUGGCAUGUGCGUACACGCACAUGAAUGAGCACGUGUGAAAAUUUCCGAUAAAUGAUGUUUAACCGUAUAUGAACGUGGUGAUAAAUCCGCAAUGGUGAUGGUCAGAGACUUGUUAAGUACAAGCACAGUGAAUUUAUCAGCUGAUGUUUGCAGGCAAUGUUUUUGCUCUUCCUUCCUACAGCAACAACACUUAGUAUUGUUUGUUGAGAAAUCAGUAACACUAAGAAGUAAAUGACCUCAGAAUCCUGUUGUAAGCCACAUAAUGCUGUGGGUGUUUUUUGUGUGCGUGCGCAUCUCAUUAAUAUCAACUGAAGACCUGUCCAUGCACUGCUAUUUAUUUAUUUAUCUCUUUCAGCAAAAUCAGAGAAAGAACUCGAGUUCUGUGUAGAUUUGGUCACCUUGAAUAUCAUCAAAUUGAGCAUUUAAACCUUUUGGCCCAGUAUUCAUGUUCUAUUACAAAUUUUACUAGAAAGCUUUUUUUUUUUGAUAGAAAAUGAACCACGUGUGCAGGAAGAGUGUUGCGCUGGAGCAUCACUGACCAGCACUCGGUUAGGUUCAAACUGCAGUUUGCUUUGUAAUGAAAGUAUUACAGAACCAUCUUCUGAAGAUACCCAGCUUUUCUGACUUCAGUCCACUUAGAGCAAUGAGUGCGUGUGUGUGGUGUUCUGUGUGUAUUUAUGUUCUGUUCAAGUAACAGUCCAGUUAGUCAGGCAAAUCUUAAGCAUUGGAGAUGUAUUUGUGCCAUUCUCCAUUAUAAAGUGCUUUUCCUGCAUUUUUUUUUUUUUCCCGUAAGAGAUACCGGAGUUUUUUGAUGCCAAAGAUUUACUGUCAUGUCUUAACACAAGAACAGACACAUGGUGCUCAUUUUGAAGAACUACAUGCAGUAACCUAGUCUUUAAAGGAAAUGCUUGCUGUAUGUUUAAUAUUUUGAUCACUUAAAACAAUUCUUACGUUCCUUGUAUUUAAUGCUCAUGCUUCCAGUGUUGCAAAUGUCAUGUGUAAUAUAACUUUUUUUUUUUUUUUUUUUCCUGACUGAGCAAACUGCUUUUUAAUAUCCUUAUCCUCUUUAGAGGAAAAAAGUGCUGCUUUAUUGAACAUUUAAUGUGCUGAGUGUUUUCAACCAACAGUGUGUUUAAUAUAUUGUUGGAUUUUUUUUUUUUAAACUGCCUUUCAGCAUUUGAGUGCCAAAGAUGAAUGUGCAUUUGUUAUAGUAAACAGCUAAUGUUCAUGUAUACUUUUUUUUUUACCUAGUGUAUAUACUGCCUCCUUUAGUGCUCUUUGUGUUGUAUCAUACGUUCGUAAAUUACUUCACGCUGGAAAUGUAUGAAAAUAUUUGUUUUGAACCGUAAGUGACCAAUUUCCCCAGUUUUUGGUUUGUUAAAAAUCCAGUGUGGAAUAUGUACUAUUGAUUUAUAGAAUAUAAAUAUUUUAAACUA